GACUGUGCUGUGUGUCCCUGCCCCUUUUCCCCGGUGGAAGAAGGGCCCCGCGCGAUCAACAUCCGGCGAGGCGGAGGCGGUCCUUGGCGGCCAGGGGCAGUCACAUGAUCGAGCCCGAGCUCUUCUGCCGCAGCGAGCAAGACAUCGAGCCACCGGCGCUUCUUGGGUCCCUUUUCCGCCGCCGCCGCUGCGAACAGGAUGUCGGGCAAGGACCGGAUCGAGAUUUUCCCUUCGCGGAUGGCUCAGACCAUCAUGAAGGCCCGCUUGAAAGGAGCCCAGACAGGCAGAAACCUCUUGAAGAAAAAGUCUGAUGCUCUGACGAUGCGAUUUCGGCAGAUUCUAAAGAAAAUUAUUGAAACAAAGAUGUUGAUGGGUGAGGUGAUGAGAGAAGCUGCUUUCUCAUUGGCUGAGGCAAAGUUCACAGCUGGAGAUUUCAGUACUACAGUGAUUCAGAAUGUGAACAAAGCUCAAGUCAAGGUCAGAGCCAAGAAAGACAAUGUAGCAGGUGUGACUCUGCCAGUUUUUGAGCAUUACCAAGAAGGAGGAGACAGUUAUGAACUGACUGGCUUAGCCAGAGGGGGGGAACAGCUGGCAAAACUGAAAAGAAACUAUGCGAAAGCUGUAGAGCUCCUUGUCGAACUGGCCUCGCUGCAGACCUCAUUUGUUACUCUGGAUGAAGCCAUCAAGAUAACGAACAGGCGUGUGAAUGCUAUUGAGCAUGUGAUUAUUCCCAGGAUUGAACGUACACUUUCUUAUAUAAUCACUGAGUUGGAUGAAAGGGAGCGGGAAGAAUUCUACAGGUUAAAGAAGAUCCAGGAGAAGAAGAAAAUAAUAAAAGAGAGAAAUGAAAAAGAACAAGAGUUACGAAGGGCUGCUGGACAGCAAGAACCUGCCAAUUUGCUUGCCGAAGACAAGGAUGAAGACCUUCUCUUUGAAUAGCUGUGUAUAUCUGUGAGGAUGCAAGAGGAGACAGAACAGCGAUUCAUUGAAAUAACAGCUCUGGACCAGCAGUGCUUCUUUUUUAUGAUGUGGCUCUUCAUUUCGUGUAUUAGUCUGUGAUCUAGACUCUCUGGAUUUAAUCUAAGGAUUCUCCUGUUCUAAAAACAUCUAAUGUGUGAUCAUUGAAUACAUGCAUGAAGCAGAAUAAUUUCCAAUUCAAUUCAUCCAUCUCCAUUUCAUUUCUUUGGCCACAGAAGAACUGGAACCUUUGCUUCUGUAGAGCUUUCUACUAUUGUUAGACUCUCCUUGCUUCUUUCUCUGUCCUGCCAAAUUGUUGUGGGCAGAAGUGUUUGUACACCUGCUUUGUGUUCACAGUGGAAGUCAGGUACUGCAACUUUGCAACCCUACUAAAUGAGGUAAAAGGUAAAGCUGCAUCUUUUGUUAAAGUAUCUUUCUUUUAAGCAAGGUUCUACUUGUGUUUCAUAUUAUAUCUGCCAGUGCCUCUGUUGCAGGAUCAGUAAAGGAAGCAGUAUCUAAA